AUGCUCUUUCGCUCUGGCUUCGCCCUAGUGGCGGCGCUCACUGCACUGCCGACCUGUCUCGCGGAAGGCAAACCUAUUAACCAGCGCACCGCACAAGAGGUGGUGGAUAAGCUCAAGCUUCUUCCUAACCCAGAGAAGGGCUAUUAUCUGCAAACCUUUGAGGACCCCGACCGGGUGAAUAACCGAUCUGUUAGCACCCUCAUCUACUAUUUGCUGGAAGGCUCGGCUGGCAACUCGAGAUGGCAUCGCGUCCCCGAUGCGACGGAGAUCUGGCACUAUUACGCCGGCGCGCCUCUCACCCUCUCACUCUCUCACGACGACGGCACGCCUACAGAAAAGCACGUCCUAGGACCGGAUGUAUUUAACAACCAGGCUCCAUUUGUCGUAAUUCCAAAGGGCAUGUGGCAAAGCGCUCGCUCAAGCGGAAAUUGGACAUUGGUUGGAAAUACUGUCGCUCCUGGAUUCCUUACCAGUGACCUACAACCCGAAGGUUGGAGGCCUAAAGGCGACUGCAAAGUAAGACGGUAA